AUGCUCGAAGAAGACGACCUGUUACAAUCCGGUUUCCUGGAGUCGAAUGCUUCCAAAUUCUUCAUUGACACUGCUCCAACCCAUCCUUCGCUUUCUUCGCCAUUCUACACUUCGGACUUCGGAGUUGAAGCCGAUCCUUGGGGAAGUGGAGCCAGCUUUGAUCCCAUCGUCGACAUGCGCCAAGACCUCACCGUGCAUAAUGCCGUCGAUGACGAUAUUCUAGGUUCGGGACUCACAGCGGCCAGUGUACUCGUGGGUAUCGAUUUGCCCGAAAUAUACGAUACAGCCUAUAUCCGGGCUGGCCCAGUCAAUGAUCGAGUGACGCUUGAGUCCCUGAAACGAGUUAUUGGUCUUUCUGGCCUUCCUUCUCGUACCGUUGAAGAGAUAUUAAACAUCAUCUCUCCCGCUGAUACGCCUUACAUCAUUCGAAAUGAGUUUAAUACGGCCUUGGCCCUCGUUGCAUGUGCACAAAAAAAUAUGGACAUCUCAUUAUCAACCGUGUACCAACAUCGCAAAGAGUUACCUAUACCCAUGCUGUCCAACCUGGAUACGUUCCACAUCAAACGAAAUAACCAGACCAUGAAACCGAUGUCCAAUCCACCCGAUACCCGCGCAGUGGACGAUCCCUGGAGAUUAACCACCACCGUCGACCCUCGGCCGAAUGGAUUCCUGAACCUCGCCAAUGAGAAAAAGGGGCAAGACGACAGUCAUCUCAAACCUAGGAACCAUGCAUUAACCGACAAAUUAAAUUCGCAUGCCAACGGUCUGCCCCGAGCUCACAGUGAUGGUGGUUUUUCCUCGGCGACAACGGUCACUCACGUCGACCCAUCCAUCACUCCCAAAGAUAUGUUGGCUGAACCCGCCCCCGGAUUCAUGUCAGACACACCCAAACCAUCGGCGGCGCAAAACAUGCGUACCUGUACCGAAAGUCAUCGCUGGUUCUCAGACCUGGAUUACAUCAAAGUGGCCGUAGCGCCGGAGAAAGAAGGGUUUAUUUUUAAGCAUGUCAAUUAUAUCCUCGAAAGUCAGCUGCGAUCAUCGAUUGUUCUUCGACGUUACAGUGAUUUCUUUUGGCUCUGGGAAAUUCUGCUAAAACGUUAUCCCUUCCGAAUCGUGCCUAAUCUACCACCCAAGAAAAUUAGUGGCAAAGAUGCAAUGUUCAUGGACAGGCGCUGCAAGGGUUUAACACGGUUCAUCAACGGCGUCAUCCGACAUCCUGUACUAAAGAACGAUGAUGUCGUAAAAACAUUUUUGACAGAGCCUUCGGAGUUUCAAGCUUGGCGCCGAGCAAAUCAUCCAGUGACAGACGAAGAAUUUAUUCGAAUGAACUCUAACACAGAAGAGAUUGAAACAUGUAUACCCCCCGAUAUCAACGAGCGAAUCCAAACCAUACGUAACCAACUACCCAUCAUUAUUCAGCAUUAUGAAAAGCAAUGCAACAUUGUGGAACGGAUGACAGCAUUGAGAACAGCCUAUGGAUCAGAGUAUACCAAUUACAGCACGGUCUUGCAUUCUAUGGGCGAAGUGGAACAAAAGUGCUAUAUUGUGGGAUGCAGUGCAUGCCAGCACGUAGUUCGAGGAUACAAGGCCGUAGCAGAACAUAUGGAACGUGCCACUUCCAUUGUGGAGAACGAGAGCACGGCGGUUGCCAACGGAAUUCUGGAAAAUUUGAGAUACCAUCGAGAUAUUUUUAUCGGAUUUGCAGAAUUACUGGAACGGAAAUCAAGGUUGGCGGCCAAUCAGAUCAAUACCUUGUCAAAGAAACUGGCAGGCAACAAAAUCAAAGUGAAUCAGAAUCGCGGCGUUCCAGGGUUGGAAGCCGAAGUAGAAAGACUCGAUGUCAUGAUACAAUCGGAUUUUGAGCGGUUGUCAUUCCAGCAACGACGAGAUACCCAUAUCAAGUUCUGUAUCGCGUCUGAAUUAUCUUAUUUGCACAAACAUCAAGCACUCGUUUCAUGGAUGUAUCAAAAGUUUGUUCACGAGCAAUUGCAAUUUGCAAGACAGACCGUCGAUAACUGGAAAGCACUGGAAGUGUUUACGAGCGAUACCCCCGAAACGACCGAUUUUGCAUAG